CAGUUUGAUCGUCCUCGAUCUAUCUUUGAAAAGGUUACUAAGCUUGAUCAUGCCCUCAAACUGUUUGAUGGAAUGAUACAAACACAACCUCUGCCCUCUGUUCCUAAAUUCAACCAGUUGUUACAAGCUAUUACCAAAAUGAAACACUAUUCUCAUGUGAUUGAUCUUUUUAAAGAAAUGACAACCCUUCAUGUCCCUAUAAGUGUGUACACUACUGCCAUUGUGAUCAAGUGUUGUUGCCAAACGUAUCGCACCAGUGAGGGUUUUGCAAUCGUAGCCUAUGGCUUCAGACAUGGUGUUGAACCUGAUAUGUACAUCUUUAAUGCGAUCCUAAAUGGACUCAUCCUAGAAGAUAGGAUUCUCGAGGCAGAAAGAUUAUUCAAGAAGCUGAUCAAAGGGAAGCUUUGUGUACCUGAUGUAGUUAUGUACAACACCAUGAUUAAAGGGCUUUGCAAGUUUGGCAAUAAUGAAACAGCCGUUGCUUUGGUUAAGCUAAUGGAUGAAAGGGGCUGUAAACCUGAUGUUGUCACAUACAACAUCAUCAUCGAUAGUCUUUGCAAAGACCAAAUGGUAGAUGAUGCUUUAGAGCUCUUCAAAGAUUUGAUCUUCCAUAAAGGCAUCCUACCUAGUGUUAUCACUUACAACAAUGUGAUUCGUGGCCUUUGUAACUUAGGGCGUUGGGAUGAUGCCUCUAAAAUGCUCAAAGAAAUGGAGGAGGAUGAAAGGAUAUCUCCAAAUCUUAUAACCUUUAAUAUAUUAGUCAAUGCAUUUUGCAAGGAAGGUUUGGUGGAAGAUGCAGCGGCUGUUAUGAACAUCAUGAUCGAGAGAGGAAAGAAUCCCAAUUUAGUGACAUACAACUCACUUAUUGAUGGAUAUUGUUUACGAGGUGAAAUGAAGAAAGCAAGGGAAGUUUUUGAUUCGAUGAGGAUUAGAGGCCCGAUCCCUGAUCUUGUGACUUACAAUAGCUUAUUGAAUGGCUAUUGCAAAAAAUUGAUGAUAGAUGAGGGCAUGCAUUUGUUUCAUGAAAUAACUGAAAAAGGUAUGAAACCCAAUAUUGUCACUUACAGCAUCCUGUUACAGGGAUUGUUUCGAGUUGGACGUUGUAAAGCCGCACACAAACUUUUUAGGGAGAUGCAAGCACACAACCAGAUUGCAGAUGCAUGCACGUAUGGAAUAAUUUUAGAGGGUCUAUGCAAUAACCAUCUAAUGGAGGAAGCAAUGUCUUUGUUUCGUUUGAUGGGUGACAACGAGCUAAAUUCAAAUAUUAUUGUAUACAAUAUCCUCAUGGAUGGUGCAUGUAAAUGUGGGAAGCUUGAUAUCGCAAGGGACCUCUUCAGUGACCUAAGUGUUAAAGGUUGGCAUCCUGAUGUUAGGUCAUAUACUAUGAUGAUUAGUGGUUUUUGUCGAGAAGGUCUAGUGGGGGAAGCAAAAGAGUUGUUUCUCCAAAUGAAUGAAAGAGGCUGCCCACCAAAUAGUGCCACGUACAACGUUCUUCUCCAAGGAUUAUUAAAGAACAAACAACUUGACACGAUAGAAACGCUUUUACAAGAAAUGGAAGGAAGAGGUUUCUUACUUGAUGCUUCAACUUUAACCCUGUUUCUUGUUCACAUCAAACCUGGAUCAGCUGAUGCUACUCUCCUUAAGUCGAUUGGUAAGCUUGUGCCAAAGCAAGGAGCGCAUCCUCAAUGUUUUACUAUGUGGUUUAAUAUCCAAUGUUACUUAUUUAUCAUCAUCAGUUCUACUCCUAGAUGGCUAAUCCUUAAUCUUGAUGUUGAUACUCGGAAAUUAUCAUGGACUUUCGAGAAAGAAGAUAUGAAGCUGGAGUGGCGAUGGAAAUUUAAACCAGCUGAAAAUUGUAAGAUCAUCACUGCAGGAAUCUUGGACUUCUUGAUGGAUGCUAACACACGUUUAAUGGAGGUUGUCAUGAAAACACGGUCAAAUGAGCAACUGAAAGCGGAAGCUGAAAAGCGUGUAGUGCAAAGUGAGAAGUUUCAAAACGAGAAGGUAGAGUUUGAAACGACGAUUUACACCAAGGGACCAAAAGGAUCGAGAAAGAAUAACAAAGGGAUUGGGCUUUGGUGUAUGUUGAAGCUCUCAUCCUCUGUUGAAGAUGGCGACAAAACGAUGAUGAUGAAGGUGAAUCGCGUAAGUAUUCGUUCUCUUGCCUUCUUGAAAUUGCAAGGUGCUUUUACUGCCAACUGUUGUGUUCUCGCUUCGAAAAAUCAUUUCUCAUGUUUAGGAUUAGGUUUUCAUUUCGAUUCUCACAGAAUACUUUUAGCUCUCUUUCAUUCCAUUUCUUCUUCGAAUCGUCAUUCAAUGUUUGAUCAUCAUCGACGUAAGUUUGAAAAAAUUGCUAAGCUUGAUGAUGCUUUGAAAGUGUUCGAUGAAAUGACUCAGAGACAACCUCUGCCAUCGGUUGUUGAGUUCAAUCGGUUGUUGGAUGCUGUGACCAGAAUGAAACAUUAUUCUUGUUCGGUUGAUCUUUUUAAGCAAACUUGUGCGCUUGGUGCUCCUGUUAAUGAUUACACUAUGAACAUUGUGAUUAAGUGUUUUCGUCAUUUGUACCGUACGAAUGAAGGUUUCGGUGUCUUAGGUUGUUUCUUGAAACGUGGUAUUGUACCUGAUGUAUUCACCUUUACCACACUCCUAAACGGACUCAUCAUAGAAGAUAGGAUUCCAGAGGCAGAGAGAUUAUUUAAGAAGCUGAUCAAAGAGGAAAUUUGUGAACCUAAUGUGGUUAUGUACAACACAAUGAUUAACGGUCUUUGCAAGUUUGGCAAGAAUGAUGUGGCUAUUGCUUUGCUUACACUGAUGGAUGAAAGAUGUUGUAAACCUAAUGUUGUCACAUAUAGUACCAUCAUUGAUGGUCUUUGCAAAGAUGGAAUGAUAGAUGAUGCAUUAAAGUUCUUAAGAGACAAUGGUGUGUCACCAAAUGUUUUCACUUACAACUCUUUGAUUCAUGGUCUUUGUAAUUUAGGUCGUUGGGAUGAGGUCUCUCAGAUGCUAAAAGAUAUGGAGGAUAAAAGGAUAUUUCCAGAUGUGCGAACUUUUAGUAUGUUAGUUCAUGCAUAUUGCAAUGAAGGGAAGAUAGAAGAUGCGGAGGCCAUUAUCAAUGUAAUGAUCCAAAGCGGGAAGGAUCCCGAUGUAGUGACAUACAGUUCACUUAUUAACGGGUACUGUAUGCGAGGUGAAAUGAGCAAGGCGAGGGAAGUUUUUGAUUCAAUUUUGCUCAAAGGUCUUCUCCCUGAUGUUGUUACUUAUAGUAGUUUAUUGGAUGGGUAUUUGAAGAAUAUGAAGCUACGCGAGGCCAUGGAAUUUUUUCGUGAAAUAAAUAAAAAAGGUUUGAAACCUAAUAUAGUCAUGUACAACAUCAUGUUACGUGGAUUAUAUCGCGCUGGGCGUAGCGGGGCUGCACAUAAGCUCUUUAGCAAGAUGCAGUUACAAGGCCCAAUUCCAAAUGAAAUCACGUAUGGAAUAGUUCUAGAGGGUUUAUGCAAUAACCGUCAAGUGGAUGAGGCACUCUCUUUGUUCCGUUUGAUGGAUGAUGAAAAGACAAAUUUAAAUAUCGUUGUGUUCAAUAUUCUCAUUGAUGGUGCAAGCAAAUGUGGGAAGCUUGAUAUCGCAAGGGCUCUUUUUAAGGAACUAACUGAUAAAGGUCUACAUCCUGAUGUUAGGACAUAUAGUGUGAUGAUAAGUGGUUUUUUUCGGGAAGGUCUUGUAAGGGAUGCAAAAUGUCUGAUUCUGAAAAUGGAAGAAAGUGGCUGCCCUGCAAGGAGUGUCACAUACAAUGUUAUUCUUCAAGGAUAUCUAAAGAACAAGAAGUAUGAUGAGGUAGAGAUGCUUUUACAAGAGAUGGAUAGAAGAGGCUUCUUACUUGAUGCUUCAACUUUAUCUAUGUUACUUCAUCAUAUAUCAAUUAGAUCAUUAGACGGUACUUUGCUUAAGUUGAUUGGUAAGCUUGUGCCAAAAGAAUCGAUGGAUGCUCCUUAUUUUUCUCUAUGAAUGGAAUCGGGAUAUGGAAAAGGCACUUCUCUCUAAUCCCUAGUUUGUAAGUUAGUCUUGCCCUUCUUUACAAUUUUCUGCUUAGCUUCACUUUGGAUGUUCAAUAGUUUUAAGUUUUUCUUUCUGAAACAAAAUUUUCUGUUAAUUAUUUGUAACAAU